AUGUCUCGGUUCCUGGAUAUGGCAGAGUUUGGAGAAGCUGGUUCUUACCUUCGUCUCACCAAUCUGGAGCAGCUGGCAGCAAAGGCCCAGGCUUUUGAUGGUACGAAGCGUGUCUGGAUGCCUGAUGAUGUUGAAGCGUACACUGAAGUGGAGAUCAGAGAACUGAAUGGAGACAAGACCACUGUGGAGACCAAGGACGGACGGUUUCUGAUCGUAAAAGAAGAUGACCUCCAGCCCAUGAACCCUCCUAAGUUUGACAUGCUAGAGGACAUGGCCAUGUUGACUCAUCUAAACGAGGCUUCAGUCCUCUUCAACCUGAGGAGGAGAUACAGCAUGUGGAUGAUCUAUACCUACUCGGGUCUGUUCUGUGUCACAGUUAACCCGUACAAGUGGCUGCCAGUAUACUCUGCUAAGGUAGUAACAGCCUACAAAGGGAGGCGUCGUGCAGACACCCCGCCCCACAUCUACGCCAUCGCUGACAACGCCUACUCUGACCUGCUGCAGAAUCGAGAGAACCAGUCAAUGCUCAUCACUGGUGAGUCAGGUGCAGGGAAAACCGUCAACACCAAGAGGGUGAUUCAGUACUUCGCCAUCGUCGCUGCACUGGGAGAAAAUGUGAAGAAAGGAGGGUCUUUAGAGGACCAGAUCAUUGAGGCUAAUCCGGCCAUGGAGGCCUUCGGCAACGCUAAAACCAUCCGCAAUGACAACUCCUCUCGCUUUGGAAAGUUCAUCAGAAUUCACUUUGGGCCGACAGGGAAGCUGGCAUCUGCUGACAUCGACAUCUAUCUUCUAGAGAAGUCCAGAGUUGUGUUCCAGCAGCCAGGAGAGAGAAGCUAUCACAUCUACUACCAGAUCCUGUCCAGUCACAAGCCAGAACUGCAGGACAUGUUGUUGGUGACCACCAACCCCUACGACUACCACUUCUGCUCUCAGGGUGUGACCAAAGUGGAGAGCAUCAAUGACGGAGAAGAGCUGAAGCUCACUGACCACGCCAUGGACACGCUGGGCUUCACGCCAGAGGAGAAGUAUGGCUGCUAUAAGAUUGUUGGGGCCAUCAUGCACUUUGGAAAUAUGAGGUUCAAGAAGAAACAGAGAGAGGAGCAAGCUGAGGCCGACGGCACUGAGAGUGUUGAUAAGGCAGCCUAUCUGAUGGGUAUUAGCUCUGCUGACUUGCUGAAAGGCCUCCUGAAUCCCCGCGUCAAAGUUGGACAUGAGUUAAUUGUGAAAGGACAGACAGUAGAACAGGUUAACUAUGCAGUAGCAGCCCUGGCCAAAGCCACCUACGACCGUAUGUUUAAGUGGUUGGUGAGUCGUAUCAACUUGUCUUUAUACACGGCUCUGCCUCGUCAGUACUUCAUCGGAGUCCUCGACAUCGCUGGCUUUGAGAUCUUUGAGUUCAAUAACUUUGAGCAGCUGUGUAUCAACUUCACCAACGAGAAGCUGCAGCAGUAUUUCAACCACCACAUGUUCAUCCUGGAGCAGGAGGAGUACAAGACAGAGGGGAUAGAGUGGACCUUCAUAGACUUCGGUUUGGACUUACAGGCCUGCAUAGACCUCAUAGAGAAGCCAAUGGGUAUUCUGUCCAUCAUGGAAGAGGAGUGUAUGUUCCCCAAGGCCACGGACCACAGCUUUAAAACCAAACUCUACGACAACCAUCUGGGGAAGUCGCUGAACUUCCAGAGGCCAAGGCCAGACAAGAAGCGUAAAUACGAGACUCACUUUGAAGUGGUUCACUAUGCUGGAGUGGUGCCAUACAACAUCACAGGCUGGCUGGAUAAGAACAGAGAUCCUCUGAAUGAGACGGUUGUGGCCCUGUUCCAGAAAUCCUCCAACAAACUGAUGGCUGGACUUUUUGAGAACUACAUCAGCUCUGAGAUGGCCAGUGAUCCGAAGGCUGAAACCAAACACAGGAAAAGGAAAGCAGCGUCCUUCCAGACAGUUUCACAGCUACACAAGGAGAAUCUAAACAAGCUGAUGGCUAACCUCCGCAGCACUCAGCCUCAUUUUGUCCGCUGCAUCAUCCCUAAUGAGACAAAGAAUCCAGGUGUGAUGGAUAACUUUCUGGUCCUACACCAGUUGAGGUGUAACGGAGUCCUCGAGGGUAUCAGGAUUUGCAGGAAGGGCUUUCCAAACCGUAUCCUGUACGCUGAGUUCAAACAGCGUUAUCGUAUCUUGAAUCCUUCUGCGAUUCCGGAGGAUUCGUUUGUGGACAGCAGGAAGGCUGUAGAGAAGCUGCUGGGCUCUCUGGACAUAGACCACACCCAGUACAAGUUCGGACACACAAAGGUGUUUUUUAAGGCGGGUCUGUUGGGUCAACUGGAGGACAUGAGGGACUCCCGUCUGUCUCAGAUCCUCACCACUGUCCAGGCCAUGUGCAGAGGGAAGCUGAUGAGGAUGGAACGACAGAAGAUGAUGCUGCGAAGAGAUGCUGUGAUGGUAAUCCAGUUCAACCUCAGAGCGUUCUUCUCUGUGAGGACUUGGCCAUGGAUGAUGUUGUUCUAUAAGCUCCGCCCCCUGCUCAGGAGUGCCCAGGUGGAGAAAGAACUGGCUGCUCUGAAAGAAGAUUUCGCCAAACUGAAAGAGGCCUUCGACAGAUCAGAGGUGAAACGUCGGGAGGCAGAGGAGAAGCAGGUGGUUUUGGUUCAGGAGAAAAACGACCUGGCUCUGCAGCUCCAAGCUGAGCAGGACAACUUGGCAGACGCAGAGGACCGCUGCAAUCAGCUGAUUCAAUCCAAAAUCUCUCUGGAGUCGAAGCUGAAGGAGAUGCAGGAGCGUCUGGAGGACGAGGAGGAGGUGAGCGCCACACUGACGUCCAAGAAACGGCAGCUGGAGGAAGAGGUGAUGUCGCUGAAGAGAGACGUGGACGAUCUGGAGAUGACGCUGGCUAAAGUGGAGAAAGAGAGGCAUGGAGUGGAGAACAAGGUGAAGAACCUGUCUCAGGAGAUGAUUGUUCUGGAUGAAUCCAUAGCGUCUCUGAGCAGGGAGAAAGCCGCGCUGCAGGAAGCUCACCAGCAGGCCCUGAAUGACCUUCAGGCUCAGGAGGACAAAGUCAACAUGCUGGCCAAGGCGAAAGCUCGACUCGAGCAGCAAGUGGACAGCGUGGAAAUUUCCUUGGAGCAGGAGAAGAGGGUCCGGGUGGAUCUAGAACGAACAAAGCGGAAGCUGGAGGGGGAUCUGAAGCUGUCCAUGGAUUCAGUGAGGGACCUGGAGAACCAGAGGGAUGAGCUGGAGGAGAGACUGAAGAAAAAAGACUUUGAGUUGGGUCAGUUUCAGUCUAAAAUGGAGGAUGAGCAGAAUUUGGUCACUCAGCUUCAGAAGAAGAUCAAAGAGCUUCAGACUCGUAUCGAGGAGCUGGAGGAGGCACUGGACGCUGAGCGGGCAUGGCGCUCCAAAGCUGAGCGUCAAAGGAACGACAUCGCCAGAGAGCUGGAGGAGCUGGGAGAGAAACUGGAGGAGGCAGGAGGAGCCUCUGCUGCUCAGAUCGCUCUCAACAGGAAGCGAGAGGCAGAUUUCCUGAAGAUGCGUCGGGAUCUGGAGGAGGCAGGGCUUCACCACGAGGCAAUGGCUGCCACUCUCAGGAAGAAGCACUCGGACACGGUGGCAGAACUCAGCGAGCAGAUCGACGCUCUGCAGAGAGCCAAACAGAAACUGGAGAAAGAGAAGACAGAGUUCAGGCUGGAGGCCGACGACCUGGCCACAAAUGUGGAGCAGCUGUCCAGGGCCAAGGGAGCUGUGGAGAAGAUGUGCAGGGUUUAUGAGGACCAGCUGAACGAGAGCAGGAGCAGAGCUGAAGAGCUGCAGAGACAACUGACUGAAGUCUCUGCUCAGAAAGCACGAGCCCUGACUGAGACUGCUGAGUACAGCCGUCGUCUGGAGGAGCGGGACACUAUGAUUGGUCAGCUCCAGCGCUCUAAGGCGGGGGUUUGCCAGAACUCUGAUGAUCUGAAGAGGCAGCUGGAGGAGGAGAGCAAAGCUCGUGUAGCUCUGGCUCACGCAGUGCUGGCUUCCCGUCAUGACUGCAGUCUGCUCAAGGAGCAGCUGGAAGAGGAGCAGGAGGCCAAAGCUGAACUGCAAAGGGAACUAUCUAAAGCCAACAGUCAGGUGGUUCAGUGGAGGGCCAAGUAUGAGACCGAUGCUGUUCUGAGGAUAGAGGAGCUGGAAGAUGCAAAGAAGAAGUUAGUUGUCAAACUGCAGACUGUUGAAGAAGCUGUGGAGGCAUCUCAGGCCAAAUGUUCCUCAUUGGAGAAAACCAAACAGCGUCUGCAGACAGAGAUCGAAGACCUGGUGGUUGGACUGGAGCGCUCAAAUGCUGCCGCUCUGGCUCUGGACAAGAAGCAACGCAACUUUGACAAGUUGCUGAGUGACUGGAAAGUAAAGUUUGAGGAGAGUCAGACAGAGCUGGAGGCGUCGCAGAGAGAGUCUCGCAGUCUGAGUACUGAGCUCUUCAAACUGAAGAACUGCUACGAAGAAGCUCUGGACCACCUGGAAACAGUUAAACGAGAAAACAGGAACCUACAAGAGGAGAUCCUUGACCUGACUGAUCAGCUCAGUCAAGGAGGGAAGACCAUCCAUGAGCUUGAGAGGAUGAAGAAGAUCCUUGAUGUGGAGAAGAGCGACAUCAGAGCAGCUCUGGAGGAAGCAGAGGGUACUCUGGAGCACGAGGAGAGUAAGACUCUGAAAUUUCAGAUGGAGCUGCAGCAGAUAAGGACUGAGAUAGAGCGAAAGAUUGCAGAGAGAGAUGAAGAGAUCGACAACCUCAGGCGAAGCCACCAGCGCUCCUUGGAGACCCUGCAGGCCAGUUUGGAGGCAGAGGUUCGUAGUCGCAGCGAGGCAGUUCGUCUGAGGAAGAAGAUGGAGUCUGACCUGAACGAGAUGGAGGUUCAGCUGGGACACGCUAACAAACAGGCAGCCGAGAGCCAGAGGGUCAUCAGACACCUGCAGACACAGGUUAAGGAGCAGCAGGUGGAGCUGGAAGAUAAAGUCCAGUUGACCAAUCAGCUGAGAGAACAGAUCGUCCUGCUGGAGCGACGCUGUUCUCUGAUGACGGCUGAGGAGCAGGAGCUGCGUGGGAUCCUUGAGCAGACCGACCACGCCCGCAAGAUGGCUGAACACGAGCUGGUGGAGGUGGCAGAGAGAGUUAACCUGCUCACUACACAGAACUCAGGUCUGGUGAACCAGAAGAGGAAGAUGGAGGCUGAUCUGUCUCUGCUGACAGGAGAGGUGGACGAGGCGAUGCAGGAGAGUCGCAGUGCUGAGGAGAAAGCCAAGAAGGCCAUCACUGAUGCGGCUCUGAUGGCGGAGGAGCUGAAGAAGGAGCAGGACAGCAGCAGCAUGUUGGAGAGAAUGAAGAAGAACAUGGAGUCUACAGUAAAAGACCUGCAGGUCAAACUGGAUGAGACGGAGCAGAUCGCGCUGAAGGGAGGAAAGAAGCAGCUUCUUAAACUGGAGACAAGAGUGAGGGAGCUGCAGACGGAGCUGAUGGUCGAGCAGAAGAAGAGUGAGGAGUACCAGAAAGGAGUCCGCCGCUAUGAGAGAAAAGUGAAAGAGCUGACGUACCAGUCAGAGGAGGACAGGAAGACUCUGCUGAGGAUGCAGGAGCUGAUUGAUAAGCUUCAGACCAAAGUCAAGAGUUAUAAGAGACAAGCUGAGAACGCUGAGGAGCAGGUGAGCUGCAGCACAGUGCGUUUCAGGAAAGUCCAACACGAGCUGGAUGACGCCGAGGAGAGAGCCGACAUCGCAGAGACGACAGUCAACAAGCUGCGGAUUAGAACCCGUGAACAGACCAGCAAAGUUGCUGUGAUCGCUGAAUGA